AUGGUCAAGGAGGCAUUCGCAGAGAAAGUACCAAAAGCCACACUUACAUUCGUUUGGAAGAACACUCAAACCAGUUGUGAUUGUAUUUAUGAAUAUGUCAACGGUGGAUUGGUUGAACUAAAGAACUUCACUUGUAAUCCAAUCUUUAGAAAUAAUAAUAAUAAAACAGAAAGGGGGUUCAUCCAAAUCUCUAGGUUUGGUGAUAAAUCAAUUAAUAAUAAAUACACUGGACUUUUUUUUACAAAAAUAUCUAUUAAGGAUAUACCUCAAUCUCCCGGGGAGGAUAUCAUUUAA